AUUUGGACUGUUCAUCCCUUUUAGGCUUAAUUUGCUGAUUAUAGCACAUUCAGAUUAAGAUGACAUUGCUUUACUUAUUCAGAAAUUCUUGUGUUUUGAGAUUUGCUCACUGCACUCCACAGUCUACUUUAAAAAUUCCACAAAAAUGGACCUACACAGGGAAGUCUUUCCUGAAGAACUUAAAAUGGAACUUCUCCUCCACACACAGAAAGCCUUUAUUAGGAAUUAAAAAGUAUGUUUUAUCACUACCUCUAGGAUAUGGUUUCGUGACACUAAAAUUUAAACCUCAAACUGUUGAAUGUGCACCUAAAGUCAAACAUUCUCGUCUUGUGGAGAAAAAUGACAGUGUGGGACCUGAUGCCAAGUUUGACUGGAAACAGUUCUUCCAGAUGUUAUACCCAGAGAUAUGGUAUCUACUGGCAGCAGUCAUUGCUGCCGUAUCCGCUGCCCUUGUCAACAUUAAAAUUCCCCUGCUGCUCGGUGAUGUUGUCAAUGUGGUGUCCAACAUGACAAGAGAAGCGAGAGAUGCUGGGGGAGAUUUCAUCAGUAACCUCAAAAUUCCAGCCAUUAAACUUAUGAUGUUUUAUGGUGUACAGGGCCUAUUAACAUUUACUUACAUCUCCUUGUUAUCGACUGUUGGUGAGAAUGUCGCCGCUCGGAUGAGGAGGAGACUGUUUGACUCUCUGCUACGUCAAGAUGUAGAGUUCUUUGAUACACACAAAACCGGAGAGCUGGUAGAUAGAUUAACUUCUGACAUUCAAGAUUUUAAAAGUUCCUUCAAACUUUGUAUUUCUCAGGGAUUGCGAGCUUUUACACAGACAAUAGGCUGUGUGUGUACAUUGUAUAUGAUAUCCCCCAAACUGACCAUUCUGAUGGUAACCGUGAUUCCUGCCAUCAUUGGGGUGGGGACGGUGAUGGGGUCAGGGUUAAGGGCCCUGUCCAAAGCUGCCCAGGAUCAGGUGGCCAGAAGCACGGCUGUUGCUGAUGAGGCUCUAGGUAAUGUCAGGACUGUCAGAGCUUUUGCCAUGGAAACAAAGGAAAAUGAGUUAUUCAGUCAGCAAGUGGAGUUGUCAAGGAGAAUGAAUAUUAAUUUAGGUUUUGGAAUUGGAGCAUUUCAGGGUCUAGCCAACAUAGCUCUAAAUGGCAUUGUGUUAGGAACUCUCUUUGCUGGAGGAAGCCUAAUGUCGGGAGGGCAGAUAACUGCUGGGGAUCUCAUGUCCUUCUUAGUGGCCUCUCAGACCAUUGAAAGAUCACUUGCCCAGAUGUCUUUCUUGUUUGGUAAUGUUGUUAAAGGAAUGAGUGCAGGAGCCAGAGCAUUUGAGUUUAUUAAUCAUCAACCAAAGAUUCCAAUACAAGGAGGAAAGACCAUCCCGUACUACUCUAUGCAUGGUAAUGUGGAAUUUGAACAUGUCAACUUUUCCUAUCCAACACGAGCAGAACAGAAAGUUUUAAAGGACUUUUGUCUUAAAAUCCCCAAAGGAAGUGUGGUGGCUUUAGUUGGACUCUCUGGAGGAGGUAAAUCAACUGUGGCGGCUCUGCUGGAGAGGUUUUAUGACAUUGAGAGCGGGAAAAUCAGUAUAGACGGAGUGGAUUUACGGGAACUGGACCCCUCAUGGCUACGCGGGAAAGCUAUUGGCUUUAUCAAUCAGGAACCCGUUUUAUUUGCUACUUCUGUGAUGGAGAACAUUAGAUAUGGCCGACCUGAUGCCACAGAUGUGGAGGUGAUAGAGGCAGCCACCCUGGCUAAUGCUGACGGUUUUAUUCGCUCCUUUCCUGAGGGGUACAGUACAGUCCUCGGGGAGAGAGGGGUCACUGUGUCCGGGGGACAGAAACAGAGAAUAGCCAUAGCCAGGGCACUCAUCAAGAAUCCCUCCAUAAUGGUGCUGGAUGAGGCAACAAGUGCUUUGGAUGCAGAAUCAGAGAAGAUAGUUCAAGCAGCAUUAGAUAAUAUAGUAAAAGGUAGAACAGUGUUGAUUAUAGCACACAGACUUAGUACAAUCCGUGAUGCUGAUAUCAUAGCUGUCGUAUCUAAUGGUCAGAUUGUGGAACAAGGUACCCAUGAUGAGCUAAAAAAGAAGAAGGGGUUGUACUGGGAACUGAUUAAAAAGCAGGAAUUGGAGGAAGAGAUUGAAACCCAUCAGUGGGGGAGGCCUGAAUUCUAGACAGAUUGGGGGAGGAGUGGGGGAGGCCAGAAUUCUAGACAGAUUGAUUGGUAUUCACACCACACAUGACAGAAAUCACCCACAUAUAUUUUAAUGGCUGAAUACACAUUAAUAUUAAGAUACCUGUAUUUGUUGAAUGUGCCAAAUAAAGUCACAGUGGGAGCAUAUUGAUUAGAAUUAUUUUUUUCUUUGCUUUAUAGAUAAAUAACAAACUUUUCUCCCUAUAAAUCAGCAAAAUAAUUUGAUCUAUAUUUAUAUUUAAAAAAAAAAAAACAGAAUUAUGAGCAAUCUGAGUGAUCCUGUAGUUGUAAUUAAGUGUUUAUUUUUAAUCAAGAUUUGGAGCAAUUAAUAUUCAUGAUUUGGGCUGCUAUGAUAUGCAUUUAUGAUAAGAGUGGGCUGUAUGUAUCACUGUUUUAAUUAAAAUAUACUGAGAUAUUAAUGUUAUAUAAUAUUAAUAUGUAAUUCCCCUUAACUGUUUUUCUUUAAAUUUGCUGGUGGGUGUAAUACAAAUUGUAGAAUAAUUUUGAUCUUCAACACUCCCCAAUACAUGUAAAUAAUAAUAAUAAAAAAAUAGGACAGGAUCAUACUGUGAAAAUUAAUUAUCUAAAUUUUAAGUACUGAGUGUGAAAUGCUCUUUAUGAAUUUAUUUAUCAUAUUAAAUAUGUACAUGCUUGAAACAGUUCAUUUUCAUGCUUGGAAAGGUAUACUAUGUAUACUUAUAUGAAAUAAAUGUUCUAGUACAUGAUGCAGGUAAUUUUAUUAUGGUGAAGAUAUAUCUAUACAGUGUGUAAAAUGAUGGUAAGAGAGAGGUCUGUCUUUGCUUACAUAUCUUUUUUUUUACUUAUAUAUACGUGAUGAAUGUGCACAAUACCUGUAUUGUAUAUACCAAUGAUGGUAAUUUAAUUUGCGCAUAAUUUAAUGUUUUCAAUAAAUGAUUUUAAAAAA